ACCUCAGCCUCCUUCCAACCUCUAAAUGUGUGCUAGCGUUUGAAUAAAGCUUCUUUCUGCUCCUACACAGACUGGAGCAACAGGCCCCCGGAGUCGCUGGCACUGGGAGCGUUGCAGCAUCAACGGUGAUGAUGAGGCUCUUACUUCUGCUCUGCGCGUCCUUUCCACUCAUCUCAGCAACCACAUCGUCAGAAAAGCCUGAUGACCUGGAUGGGGCGCUGCGUGUUAGCAUCCCUCUGGAGCGACCCCUGCAGCCGCUGCUGGGAGGAAAGGUGGUGGUACCCUGCUACUUCCAGGACAACGCCGUCGCCGACCCCGGGGCCCCGACCGCCCCCCCAAACCAGCACCGCAUCAAAUGGAGCCACGUCACCCAGGGGAAAGUCACCAGCAUCCUGGUGGCGUCGGAGGGGAAGGUCCACGUGCAGGCCGAGUACCUGGACAGAGUGACCAUGGUCAACUACCCGCUGGUGCCCACUGACGCCACCCUGGAGAUAACGGAGCUGAGGGCCAAGGACUCGGGCACCUACCGCUGCGAGGUGCUGCUGGGCAUCGAGGACACCUACGACACCGUGGACGUCCAGGUCCAGGGCAUUGUGUUCCACUAUCGGGCCAUCUCCAACCGUUACACGCUGACGUUUGAGAAGGCCAAAGCUGCCUGCGUCCACAACGGCGCCACCAUCGCCACGCCCGCGCAGCUCCAGGCCGCCUACGACGACGGCUACCACCAGUGCGACGCCGGCUGGCUCUCGGAUCAGACCGUCAGGUACCCCAUUCAUGAACCAAGAGAGCGUUGCUAUGGCGACAAGGAGAACUUCCCCGGUGUGAGAACCUACGGCGUGAGAGACGUCAAUGAGACCUACGACGUCUACUGCUUUGCAGAGAAAAUCUCAGGCAGAGUCUUCUACUCCAUGUCAGUGGAGAAGUUCACCUUCUACGAGGCAGAGGACCAGUGUGCCAAGCUGGGCGCCCGCCUCGCCACCACCGGGGAGCUGCACCUGGCCUGGAAGGCCGGCAUGGACGUGUGCAACGCCGGCUGGCUGGCCGACAGGAGCGUCCGCUACCCCAUCAGCGUGGCCAGGCCUCAGUGUGGAGGAGGCCUGCUGGGCGUGAGGACCGUCUAUCUGUUCCCCAACCAGACAGGGUACCCCUACCCCGACUCCCGCUACGACGCCAUCUGCUUCCAAGAUGCUGAGGAUGAAGACGCGGUGCCUGGAAGGACCACCCCCUUCCCAGACAUCAUCUUUCGUGGAACCCCUCCCUCCGGCAUGCAGCCAGUACUCAACAGCUCAUCCGAUAACGAGCUCAGGUUUGGAGGUGUGGACACGCUCUCCCCUCUGGCACCCCCCACUGUGACCCAUGAGCCUGGAACCAACCUGACAGACGUGGAUGAGGCCAUGGCUCCCACAGGCGUGGUGUUCCACUACCGGCCCAUCGCUGGUCGCUACACCCUGACCUUCCUGGAGGCUCAGCAGACCUGCCAGAGCGUCGGCGCCGUCAUCGCCAGCCCCAAGCAGCUGCAGGCAGCCUUCGAGAGAGGCCUCCACCAGUGUGACGCCGGGUGGCUGCGAGACCAAACCGUCCGGUAUCCAAUCGUAUCUCCCAGAGAUAACUGCGCUGGUAAUCUGCUACACCUUCCAGGCGUGAGGUCGUACGGCCUGAGGCCAGCAGACGAACGUUACGACGUGUUCUGUUACGUCGACCGGCUCCGAGGCGAGGUCUUCUUCACCAGCGACUACGACAGCUUCUCCUAUGAGGAAGCUGUGCAGCACUGCCGGGACCUGAACGCCACCCUGGCCUCUCCCGGGCAGCUCCACGCCGCCUGGAACCUGGGUCUGGACAAGUGUCGUCCAGGCUGGCUGCUGGAUGGCAGCGUGCGCUACCCCAUCACCACCCCCAGGCCCCAGUGUGGGGGCGGUCAGGUCGGGGUCCAGAUCAUCUACGCUCAUCCCAACCAGACCGGCUUCCCCGACGAGCACUCGCGCUACGAUGCCUACUGCUUCAAACCUGAAAUCCCUGCGGUUCACUUUGAGAAUGAAUCCAGUGUUGAAGUGACCACAGUGACGGUGGACGUGGUCCAGGAGACGACAAACGUAACGGAUGAUUUCGCUCCUACAGUCGCCACAGUCUACAAUGAAACCGAGAUCAGUCAAAACUUUACUGGCAUCGAGGAGUUUAUCGACCAAACAGUCAUUGUAGGUGUGGAAGCUGUUCCUCCUGUACCCAGCGUACCUCCUGCUGAAGAGUCAGGUUCUGGUUCUGGUUCAGGUUCAGGUGAAGUGUCAGGAGCAUCCGGCACCUCUGGUACCAGUGGUGACACCUCUGGCUCAGGACAAGGCGUCACCUUCAGUGGACACUCUGGUAUCUUAUCCGGAGACCCGUCUGCAUCUGGAAGCGCCCAGGAGGCCACAGAGGGAAGUACCGUCACCUUCACAUCUGGAGAACCGGGUUCUGCUUCUGGCUCAGGGGACCUGGGUGUUGUACAGCAGUCUGGCUUCAGCGCAUCAGGAUCAGGCUUGACCAGUGGCUUCAGUGGCAUCGAUAACCUAAUGAUAACCAUGGUGGAAGGAAAGAUGGUAGAGGUGUCCGGAUCCCAAGAAUCCACUGAGCAGCAGUUUAGAUCAGGACAGAUUGAAUCAAGCGUGCCAGAAUGUGGAAGUGCGUUUGGUUCAGGGUGUACAGGAUCAGGAUCUGGUCAAUCAGUAAUUUUUGUAUCAGGAUCUGGAGGAUCAGGAUCUGGAGGAUCAGGAUCCGGAGGACCAGUAUUUGGUGGAUCGGGAUCUGGUGGAUCGGGAUCUGGUGGAUUUGACAUCUCAUUUAUGGACCACAGUGGAGCUGAUCUCACAGUCCACCUGUCCGGUGAGCAGGAGCUGACUGGAUACCAGCCCUCUGGAUCGGGCCUCCCCAGCGGCCUUCCCAGUGGUUUUGCAUCUGGCAGCGGUUCUGCCUCUGGAGACCACCUCCCAGAGGACAGCGAGAUCAUCUUCAUUACAAGCGACGAGACCAUUUUAGUACCUUUGGAGUCCGGGGUCCAUGGCCCCGCAGCGGGCCGUGGGGUGGUGGAGAUCAGCGGGCAGGGCAGUGGGUCUGGGAUCCACCGUGACUUCAGUGACACUUUGGACCAGAGCUUAGAUGUUUCAGGACGCGGUUUCCCUCAGGAAACACUUCAAGUGGUGACGCCUGACACAGCUUCCAGCAGCCCGACUGCAGCACCAUCUGUGACACCAGGACCCCCUGCUGUGGUGGCGCAGCCUGAAAUAGAAGAAGUGCACGGCUGCGCUAAAGGCUGGGUGGAGGUCAUGGGCAACUGCUACAUUCACUUUGAUGAGAAAGUCACCUGGUCUGACGCUGAGGAGCGCUGUAGAGACAUCGACGCCCACCUGGUCAGCGUUGGCUCCCAGGAGGAGCUGCAGUAUAUUAAGGACAACGUGUGGAACCAGUGGAUUGGACUCAGUAACAACGGAUGGAGCGACGGGAGUCCAAUGAACUUUGAGAACUGGAGGCCUGACCGAACAGAGGAGAUCCCAGAGGAGAACUGUGUGAUGAUGGACGGUGGAUGGUGGAGUAGCGUGCCCUGCGGUUACCGCCUUCCCUUCACCUGCAAGACCAGACAGGCCACAGUGGGCGUCCUGGUUGCGACCUCCACGUGUGGAGCUCCUCCUGAGGUGGAACAUGGCCGACGGAUGGGCCCCGACAGAGAGCGCUACGCCGUGGGCUCCACAGUCCGCUACCAGUGUGAGGCGGGCUACACGCAGCGCCACCCGCCCGUCAUUCGCUGCAGGGGCGACGGGCGGUGGGAGGAGCCUCAGGUGGAAUGUACACAAGCUGGCGCCAGCCAUAACAGGCUACACAAAAGGUCCCUGAGGAGGAGAAGUAAAGGGGUGACGCGCCCGCAGGACCAGAGGAAGCUGCUCUGAGCAGCAGCACUGAAAGACAAACGGAGACCACAAAGGACCCAUUCUGUUCGGACGCAUGGACCAAACCAAAAGAUACCGGCCCAACGAGAGCACACCCAGACAGCGACGGCACCAUCAGCCCACGGUCCGGAUUCUGGGGAUGUUCAUGGCGUCUCAUGCGCUGUCUAGAAACCCAGAACGGCACUUGGCUUCACAUUCUCAAAUAGUCAUAAACAAGGAAACAUGCAAAACUGCCAGAGAAAGGUUUUCAAGUGCAGCUGAAACCUCUUGAAGCAGUGAAACAGUGACCGACUCUUCCUCCUAGUGUUUAUUUGGUUCAUGUACAACUGUGAAAUCUGUCUCUUACAACAUUUUCAAGCCUUUUAGUUUAACUUGGCAAAACGAUGAGAACGGUGACAUUAGGUUUAGAUUUACUUGAAAUUGUAUGAAGUCCAGAAAAAGAGUAAAAACAGCACAAAAAACAUUUUUUAAGCUCAUGCUCUCGGUUUCAAACCCACUAAAGUGAUUUAAUGGAUGAGGACAGAUUAACUACAUGGAUGGAAACAAUCCGCACUCAAGCACUUUUAGUGAGUUUAAUGACAUGCACCUUAAAUAGAGAAAAAAUCAAAACGACCCCGUCGUCAUAUCAGCCCACAACACAGAACCAGAGUCCAACGGUGCAACAGGUGCACGUCCAUGUUUUCAGGUGAGGGUUUCUCUUCGUGACCCUUGACCUCUGCCUGCACUGUGACAAACCAUUCAGUUCUUCUCUGUAAAUAUUCUCACUGCAAUUCUCUGAACAGCAGGAUCUGUCAAUACCAGAGCAACUCUUCACUGUCAACCUGUUCGUUGUUGUGUUUUUAGUUUAAUGGGUCACCUACACAUGGGCAUUACUGAUUUAACAUCUGAUCUUAGAGUGAGUUAAAGUGGAUUUUAGGUUCAGCUAAAUCAGUUGACGAGCUGACGAGGAUGAAGGUGGAUGAAGAGGUUAGGAAGCGUCGACCAUGACCCUGUAAAGGUCAAGAAUGAAUUAAAAUCUGUGAGAGACUCAGAUGUGUGUCCUGUUCUGGCUCAUCACACACACACACACACACACACACACACACACACACACACACACACACACACACUACAGAAUCUGAACGUGGAACAGCAUUUGAAAGUUUCAGAUGCUCAGACCUCUGUCAGUGUUUGCUGGUUCUUCAGACUUCAAAUCCUGAUGUAAACAUGAAGUGAACUGUGAUGUGCUGAACCAAAUAAAACCUGGAACCAUC